AUGAAUUUGGGUGGCGAUUUACUACCACAAUACCGACAGGAAACGCCAAAAACAUCACCACAUAUUAUUUUGCAUUAUUCUACGUUCAAAACAAUCUGGGAUUGGUCUAUUUUAGCACUCACUUUUUAUACUGCUUUUAUGGUACCCUAUAAUAUUGCCUUUAAGACACGGGAGCAUCCACCUCGUGGUUCCAUUGAUAUGGUAGCUCUUAUGGAUUCUAUUGUUGAUGUAAUAUUUUUUGCUGAUAUACUUUUGAACUUUCACACUACUUUUGUUGGUCCUGGCGGUGAAGUAGUAAUUGAACCAACUAUUAUUAGGUGCAAUUAUUUUAAGUCCUGGUUUCUCAUUGACCUCUUAUCUUGCCUUCCAUAUGAUAUAUUUUAUAUGUUCAAACACGAUGAUGAGAGGGUAGGAUCGUUAUUAAGUGCGCUGAAAGUUGUACGUCUACUUCGACUAGGACGUGUUGCACGUAAAUUGGAUAACUACUUAGAAUAUGGAGCAGCUACGUUACUUUUACUUUUGUGUGCUUACGUGCUUGUUGCUCAUUGGUUGGCUUGCGUAUGGUUUUCCAUCGGUGAAUAUGAAGUCAAAAUAAGAUUUUUAACACCAACAAUGCCGGAGGGAUGGCUGACAAAACUAUCAAAAGAGCUAAACUUGCCAUUUAAUUAUACAUUCAAAAACAGAAUAAGAUUAGUUGGUGGACCUCAACGAAGUUCAGCGUAUAUUAGUGCAUUAUACUUUACCAUGUCAUGUUUAUCAACAGUUGGAUUUGGCAAUAUUGCGUCCACUACUGAUAAUGAAAAAGUUUUCGGAGUAUGUAUGAUGAUUAUCUCUGCACUACUUUAUGCAGCCAUAUUUGGCCAUAUGACCACUAUUAUACAGCAAAUGACAUCUGCUACUAUUAGAUAUCAUGACAUGAUAGCAAAUGUACGAGAAUUCAUCAAACUACAAGAAGUACCUAAUGAACUUGCUGAACGAGUAAUGGAUUAUGUAGUAAGCACUUGGGCUAUGACUAAAGGGAUUGAUACUUUAAAGGUACUUGGAUACUGCCCUAAAGAUAUGAAGGCCGAUAUAUGUGUCCAUCUGAAUCGAAAAGUAUUCAACGAACAUGCAUGCUUCCGUCUUGCAUCAGAUGGUUGUCUUCGACAAAUUGCAAUACAUUUAGAAAGUAAUCAUGCUGCUCCUGGAGACCUGAUAUACCAUACGGGUGAAUCUGUUGAUGCACUGUGGUUUGUUGUGUCGGGAUCACUCGAAGUGAUUCAAGAUGAAGAAGUUGUUGCCAUUUUAGGCAAAGGUGAUGUAUUUGGAGAUGAAUUUUGGAAGCAGUUAGGAACAGGUCAAAGUGCAGCAAAUGUUCGAGCACUUACUUAUACGGAUUUACAUUCUAUAAAAAAAGAUAAACUUAUGGAGGUGCUUGACUUCUACAAAGCUUUCGCGAAUUCUUUUGCUCGAAAUUUAGUACUGACCUAUAACCUUACUCAUCGGCUAAAAUUUCGUAAAGUUGUUGACGUGAAAAGAGAAAAAGAAUUAAAUGAACGCCGUAAAAACGAAAAAUUAACAGUACCAGCAGAGCAUCCUGUUCGGAAAUUGUUAUUCAGAAUGCGAGAAAGACACGGUACACGUAUAUUUCCGUCACAGAUCUUUGCUGACCUCAAACAGGUUAAUUACAAGCAACAACAAUUUAAAACAGGUCGAUCUUCAGGAUCUAAAAUAUCUACCGUUUCCGCCGAAAAUUUACCAAAAGAACGUCAGAGUUUUGAUUACGCUCAUCAUACUGAUCAAAUUGAUUUAUCAGCUUUACCACCAGUGCUAAAGAUCUGUUUUGAUCGAAUCGAAGAGAAAAUGAAGGUAGUUGAUCAAGUUUCGCAUAAAUUGGAUCAUCUCAAAAAACUUGUAUUCGGCUUAUACAAUUCUAACUCAAUGGAAACAUCUCCAACUUUAACAGUUGAUUCGAUGAAUCGAGUGAUGGGUGCACCAUUUAUGGGUCAUAGUUCAUCAUGGGGUUCUGAAACAACUAGUAAAUUACCAGUUUACAUUCCACCAUUACAAAAUUUGAGUACAGACUUGGGUAGCUCUGAAGUUAAAAUGUCAAGACCAGACUUCAUGCCAUCAAUUUAUGUUGAAGAUGAAACAGAAGAGGAUAACAGCGGUUCAUUUGGGAAGGACAGUCCACCAAAAUUAAGACGAAUUUGA